CCAAGGCGCUUAUGCGGUAGAUACAAAAUAUCAUUUUAUACACUCAUAACUAGUACAUUACAAUUAAGGUUCAAACCAAACAUCAGAAAAAUAUCAGAGGUCAUUACAAACAAAUGAAAUAAUUGAAGAUGUCAAACUUAAACCUAAGUGGAUGUCAUACCGAUUAAUAUCAACUAUUUUCUAAUUUUUCAAAAAAAAACAUUUAUAAAGUUUAGGAAUUUUCCAACGAAGACUCCGAUUCUGUCGUAGUAUAUAUCAGCAUCAUGAUUAAAAUUUAAAAACUCAUUAAACAGUGAGAGAGCUCUAGAAGUGGGAGCGUUCUGUGCCCGACGGGUACGAACCACAUAUUGAUACAGUGUUUAGUGCGAUGGCGAGGUGGCCAGUGCUUUUGGCGUUCUGUAUAACAGCAGAAACGGUGUGGGGCCACAUUCUACGGCCAGGCCGCACCAUCAGCAACUUCGAAUGGGCGGAGCCCGAUGAAGCGGUUUAUAUUGACGAUGGAUCCGGGCGCACGACAAGCGCUAAAACCGCCGCGGAGCGCAUCGCUGCUCUUCGGGCGGUCAUGGAAGAACAUAAUGUAGACGCCUACAUCGUGCCUACUGCCGACGCUCACAAUUCCGAGUACAUAUCAGCAACGGACGCCCGUCGCGUAUGGCUCUCCGGCCUCACUGGCUCGUCCGGCACCGCUGUAGUGACUAAAGACCACGCUCUAGUGUGGACCGAUGGGAGGUACUUCACCCAGUUCGAAAUACAAGUCGACACUACACAGUGGACGCUUAUGAAACGAGGCCAAGAUUUAACAAUCCAAGAGUGGCUGGCCAGCAACCUGACCUCAGGCGCUAUAGUGGGUGUGGACCCAACCACUUACACCAGAACAGCUUGGCUGGCGCUACAGAGCGCGCUUACCCCAUCCGGUAUCCUUCUGCAAGCAACAGAAGAUAACCUGGUGGAUAAAGCGCGAACUAACGUCGGCGAGCCGGCACCCGCGCGGCCUAAUAACGAAGUGUUUGGCUUACCUGUCGAGUACACUGGCAAGCCGUCGAACGAGAAGAUAUCAGAAUUGCUGGCACAGAUCACGGCGUGGGGCGCCACGGCCCUCGUGCUCACCGCUUUAGACGACAUCGCUUAUACGCUGAAUCUUCGUGGCUCGGAUAUCAUCCACAAUCCGGUGUUCUUCGCCUAUCUCGUGUUGAGAGCAGACGUGACCACAGACAACAUAAUCCUGUUCUGGGGUAACGGCGAGCUUCCGGCCGCUGUGUCAUCGUUCCUGGCGGCAGAGGGCAGCACAGUCACUACUCGCCCGUAUACGGAGAUAUUCACAUAUUUGAGGGAGUUACCGGACACUCUACCUGAGGGCAGCACUGCUACUAUUUGGCUGUCGCAAGAUGGCAGUCACGCGAUCUACUUGGCGGCUGAAGCUGAAGGUAAAAGUACAACACUAUCGACGGUGUCUCCAGUGGCUCUGAUGAAGACUGUCAAGAAUGAAGUGGAAUUGAAGGGCUUCCGUUCAGCGCACAUCAAAGACGGCAUAGCUGUCGUGCGCUUCUUACGCUGGAUCCACGAGCAAGUUGACGCGGGCGUCAACGUCACUGAGGUCGAUGUGGGGAACAAACUGUUGGAGCUGCGAGGCGAGGAGGAAGACUUUAUGGGACCCUCCUUUUCUACAAUCGCCGGUGCUGGUGAGAAUGGCGCCAUCAUACAUUACGAGGCCGACCCGGAAGGACCGCAGAGAGUCAUCACUAAAGACGAUAUGUUGCUAGUUGACUCAGGUGGACAAUACAAAGACGGAACCACCGAUAUUACCCGUACCCGCCACAUGGGCACACCCACAGACAUGCAGAAACUGACGUUCACUCGCGUACUGAAGGGGCAGAUACUAUUGGGCACCGCGGUCUUUCCUAGAGGCAUCACUGGCAACAUCCUAGAGACCCUCGCCCGCAAAGCUCUAUGGGACGUGGGUCUUGACUACAACCACGGAACGGGACACGGUGUGGGACACUUCCUGAACGUGCAUGAGGGGCCCGGGGGCAUUGGCUCUGCUCUCGUCCCUACAGACCCGGGAAUCUUCCCGGGAAUGAUCUUCAGUGAUGAACCCGGCUACUACGAGGUGAAUGAAUACGGCAUUCGGCACGAGGAUCUGGUGGAAGUCAUUGAGUUGACGAAUAACUCCGACCACAUUUUUGCGGACGGCUUGGUGGGCGAUUUCGAAGGUCGCGGCGCUCUCGGCUUCUACACGAUCUCACUAGCGCCGCAUCAGACAUCGUGUCUUGACGUCAGUAUACUACAGGACUUUGAGCUGGCAUACUUGAACGCGUAUCAUAAGCGUGUGGUCGACACACUCGGCCCCAUAUUAGAGGCCCGCGGCCUCACAGAAGACGCGGCUUGGUUGGCGGCUGAAUGCGCCCCCAUAAUUAAAGGCUAGAUACGCUGAGAUUUCGAUGUCCUGGAAAAAUGAAAAAGGAGCUUUUACCGCUUUAACGUUUAUAAUUUUUGUAACUUAUCCUGUAUGUAUACUAAUAUUAAAACAUGCAAUAAAUGUUGAUCAAUUAUUAA